GUUCAAUUUAAAUCGUAAGAAGCUAGUUUUUAUUAUUUUUUUAUCAUCUCAUAUCCAUCGUAAGGACCAGAAAUUAAUCUCUAAUUCUCUGGCAAACAAGCAAACCAUAUUGAUGCAUGCAUGUCAUGAUGUCGCCAAGGAUCAUAUUCUGCAGUGCGGUUUCCCUAGCAACAAUAGCAGUUAUUCUGUUGGCUGUGCUAUCACCUGUGUCCCACAACAAGAGCCAUUCAAAGCCAUGGUUGGAUCUAUCAUUGUACAUCCAACAACCUCAAAUAGCAACAUCAAAUACCCACCUCGUACCUAGGGAAGAUGCUGGGGCUUUCAUCUUUCGCCGUGUUCUUACGGAGGGGCCAGAGAAGACUUCACGUGUGGUAGGGAGAGCACAGGGCUUUGUGAUCCCCACGGAGCAGUUUCAGCAAUCUGAGUUCAAUGUUAUGUAUCUGAGCUUUGACACCCCAGAUUGUUCGGGUAGCCUCAGCGUGCAGGCUCUUAAAGACAAACAAGAAUUCAAGGUGAUAGGAGGGACUGGUUCCUUUGCAUUUGCUCGUGGUGUCGCACUUUUCACUAAAACUCAUGAUUAUUCACAACAAAGUCAAGUGGCUGCUGCUGCCACUUACCAUGUAAAACUUCAGCUUGAGUUCCCAAACCAUUCCACCAAGUUACUAAAAAGGUGAAGCAGAUUUUUAUUACUUCUUAAUUUCUGCUUUGUUUUCAUUCUUUCUUAUUCCAAGCAAUUUAACACUAGCUAGCUACUUGCACCCGAGAAUCCCAGAUCUACCGUUUUUCCUUCUUAAAGUCUUUGUAUAUGUUAUAUAUAUACUUGUAUCAACAGCCAUGCACGCUUAUUAAUUCUACUUUUAGGCGUUGUGUUCCGAUAUAUAGAAUAUUAAGGAAUCUGAAAUUAUUAGAUAUUCAA